UCUGCUUCGUUCUGCUCUAUCGUUGGCGAGUACUUUGCGUGAUAUUUUUCAUUAUAAAUUUCUGUGCCAUUAGUGGCAGAGGAAAGACGUUCACCGAGUGGAAUGGUUGGGACAAUGUGUUGCGCAAAAGGUAGCAAAAGCAAGGACCCGACGACGCGCGCCGCAGUGAUUGUUUUCGUCAAUUGUGUGGCCGCUAUUUCGCCGAAAACGAGGAGUUGGCAUCCGAUAACUCACAGCAGACUUUGCUCCAAACACUUCAGUCCCGAUAUGUUCGAUCCCUCGACCGAGCUCAUGUUCAAUACGGGCUGCAGCAACAAACGGCUAUCUCUCGUGCCCGGCGCCGUGCCCACGAUUUUCGGAAAGCAUACAAGGCAUAUGGAACUACCUGCGCGUGCAUCGUACGACGAGCAAAGGCGGAAAGAGCUUGUCGACGAAGCACUCAGUGUGUACGAGCUGAGCACACUGACCAUGCCUGCAAACACGGAUGCGGAAGACCACGUCAGUGCCGAAUGUGGUGGGUGCAGCAUAAGGCAUAAGUUUGCGGCAGUUGGAAGAAUACUGUAAAUGAGUGUUCUUGAUGCUGUUACGUUUCGUGUUCACUUAAUUGCAUUCCAUUCGCUAUUGGCUUCGCUAUCACGAAAUACACUGAACGUAUUUCGGAGAUAUCGGUCGAGUCAUUUGUGACACUGGUGGCGAUGUGGAGACAGCACCGUUGUCCCCACCUGCUACUCAGGUAGUGUCACCUGUGUUCCCCAGCCCAGUCAGGCCAACAUACACGGAGCAUGCAACACAGACUUUGGAGUAUAGCGUUCCACACGUCAUCGUUCAUACACGACCGCCUACUCAGCUUAGUGAAGCAUCUUGUCAGACAGAGCCAGUUGUAUUCUACGAUGACGUGCGACGCACCUCGACUCUAGUUUUUGAUGGCCCAAUCCUCCCUCCUGUUGGUCCCGUCAUCCAUGAUGAUGUCCCCAUGGAUGAUGGUCCCCAUUCUGAUGAUGAAGACAGCAUGGCAGAGAUGUUGGAUCCUAAUGAUGCUAGCUAUGUUCCAAACCAGACAGAUGGGACAUUGGAGUCCUCAUAUUUUGAAGCCCCACUUGAAGAACCUGAUCUGCUGGAACUGCCUCCCAAUGCCGACACUGAUGAGCAGCCAAGCUACAGUGCAGAAGAUGAGGAUGAUGAGAACAGGUUUGAAAGCAUACCUGACUCCAAAGGCCCGAGGGAGAACUUUUACAUGGUUGCAGAAUCUAACCUUCUUGACCUGCUCCGUAUCUGCCCAACGUGCCUGACAGACCAAACAAAAGUCAGCCUCAGCUGCAAGGGAUCCUUGCUGCGUACAAGUGUCACGUGCAAAAGGGAACACACAAAAGUGUGGCAUAGCCAGCCGCUUUUGGGUGCUGAGCCAAUAGGGAAUGUCCUAAUGUGUGCUGCCAUUUUAUUUGCCGGGUGCUGUCCAACAAAAGUGCUCCGCAUGUUUGACUUCCCACACCUGGCCAUAGCUGGGCGAACUCGCUCAUGAGGGCCCUCAUGAGUGCCCCUCACCCUCACCUCACGCCUUUGAGGUGAGGGUGAGUGAGGGCAAGCCCGCGAUCAGGCCAUCCGUGAGUGCACUCAUGAGGUUCUUACCCUCAUGAGGUCUCCUGUGAGUGCACUCAUGAGGUUUUGCCCCUCAUGAGACCUCCUGUGAGUGCACUCAUGAGGUCUCACGGGCGCCAGGUCUGUGUGAGUGAAGUCACUGGUGAGGUCUGAGGGG